AUCCACAGCCGUCGCUAUUUUCCUCAGCAACGAGAACCGCUGGAUCCGCUGCAUUUAUUGAAGCGAGCUCGCUUUGCCUGUCUCAACUAAGUCAGAAUAUUCGUAUAAGAUUAGGCUUCAGUGGAGUGCGAUGGAUGAAAAGCGCAGAGCAUCCUGUCAGUAUGGAUCCCUGGAAUGCACGAAGUGGAAAACAGAUGUGGACCAAACAGAGGCAGAUGUGGUCUCAAUGGCAGACUCUACUAUCACAGUGGGAGACAUAGAAGGGGAACUCUGUAAGAUUGAACGGAUCAGAGACAUUUUGAUCAGGAGGGAAUCUGAGCUCAGAUACAUGAUGGAUGAUAUCCAGUUAUGUAAAGAAAUUACAAGACUGAAAAAAGAGCUUCAAAAGCUUUUGUCUAUCCCAGAUAAUGACAAGUCUAAUGAAGACAAACAGAAGGAGGAAGAGCUUCUGAAACAGAUUCAUAAAUUAGUGGAAGCCAGAGACUUCUUAGUAGAUGACGUGGAGUUUGAGCGUCUCAGGGAACGGGAGGAGGACAAAGAGAUGGCUGAAUUUCUCAAGUCCAAACUACCAAAAAGCUCUCAAACCAAGGGUGUUGCUCGCAGUGGGAGAAGGCCGGCCAGAGCCCAGCAGACUACUCCAUUUGUAACCAAGACAGGCCUCACUUUGCUGAAAGAGUGCUGUGGAUUCACCUGCUCUAUAAUGUAAAAGACAAACUUUCUGUGACUGCAGGAACACAAUGCAAUUCUGGAGCCUUGGAUGAGGAUGACCUUUUAAUGACACCAGGAGACUCAAAGAAUACGAUGUGAACCAAAACUAAAGGUUUCUGAAAGACAAAGCUAUGAAGUUGUCUGUUGAGGAAUAGCAGUUUAAGAAAACUCUUAUAUUGUUUAACAUUCUUUAAUAUGUUUCCACACCCAUUUGCUCGCUUUCUACCUAAUUCUCAUGUUUCUUUGAAAAAUCCAGUUUCAGCUCAGCUGGCUUGCUGUCAUUGCCUACCCUUAUCUUUUCCCUCAUGAGACAUUGCUACAGCACUGCAGUACCUGUGACUUCAUCAUACAUAAAUGCUCAAGUUUCAGUAGAGGUUCCAUUCAGAUUGCUGUUUCCUAGCCAAGCCAGGCUCAUUGGAAAUCUGUGCCUGUGGCAAGAUUUAUGCGAAAUAACAUUAUGUUGCUUCUUGCAUUUUUUCACAACACAUUGAAAGUUAAAUGUUCCUGUGAGUGGCACUAACUGGAUGCUCAGUUUUAUCCGUAACAGAUUAACAUAAAUCUGGAGCAGGUUUAUUAUGUUGGUUUUUUUAGAAAUGGUGGCAGUUAAGAAAAUUAAAUGUCGGUGAGUGAAAUUAAAAUGUUCUGUCAUAUGUGUAAACAACAUAUCAUCCAUACUAAUCCCUAUACCCUACAUUUAACUGAUAUUGUCAACAAAAAGUAAAUAUGAGGUAAAAAAAACUCACUGAAGGAACAAUGCCAUGUAAUCUUCUUCUAUAAGUCCUUGAGCUCAUUUAUUGGGAUUGUGUUUCACAGGACUCAUACCCGAGCGCUCCACAUUGCAAAUACAAUGCUGUACCAGGUGACCUAAUGAGCAAGUUUACUAUGCCAGAAAAGCCAUACAUGAAGCUGGUUGUAUGAUUCAAAUGUCAAAAUGUAUUAGUUUACACAGUAUUUUUCAAGGAACCCAGCACAAGACUUUAUUAAUCAAUAACAUGCCCCCUUAAUCAUAAUUUUUGUUAAAAGGAAUAAAAGUUAUCUGUGUUUUAUGGCUUUACUUCUUUAUAUUUCUGCUGGAAACUGCAGUGCAUUUUCCAAUAAGCCUGGGUUGUGCUUAGUCCAUGUACAGUGGCUAAUGAAACGUUUUCACCACUGGUUGAACAAUUAAGCUAAUUUAGUUUUUUUAUUAUGUUACAACAAUUUCCAUAAUUGACAAUAUAACCGUUUUCUCAGCAAAUAUAUUCACAGGAGCACAUGCGCUUGCACAAAAAAUGAAUUAAAUGAAGAACAUUUCAUUCGGGUGAACGUCAUCUAAUAGAACCACACACCAGGAGCCUCUCCUUUCCACAGCUUGAAGUCCAGCAUGUCUCACAGUGCCAAAGCACGUUGUUUAUGUUCUCUGGUGAAGUGCUUUCAACAAUGUCAAGGGCUCUUCUCUGUGGAGACAAGGCUCCAUAGCAACCACAGCACACAGAACAAUUCAUCUUUAGUGGCUUUUUAGUAGCUAAAUGUGUCAUUAACCAGGAGUCAAUUCAAACAUUUAUAAAGCAUAUCUGUAGAUGAUAAUGGAAGAGAUCAACAUGCCUUUAUGGCCAGGUGAACUUAAAAAUAAUACUAAACAUUUUGGAUUUUGUUUGCACAAGUGCAGGACUCCACUAAAACUUAUCAAUAAUUCAACUAAUCAGCUUUGACCCUGAAUGUAAUUAUGCAUAUUAGUUUAUUCAUUUUAUGUUGCAGGAUUAAUUAUGGUAUUAAGCAUUAUGAGGCGCUGUGUUAAAGAGCCUUUUAAUUAGUAUGUUAGACUGCUGUGGCUCACGGCUCUCAGCAGUGAGCAUUGCGAGUGGAAACCCCUGUUGACUGUAGUCUUAGUGAUUAUUUAUCGCUAGUUAAAGGUCGUUCCUGUCACUCAUACGUUAAUCACCUGACUGCAGUCUGUCUCUUCUGAGUGGACUGCUCACAUCUGCUCAUUAAUCUGAAGGGUAUAUUUCUCAAACAUGAAAAUGCGCUGAUUUUGUUUGCUGAACUUGAAAAAUUUCCAUUUGCUUGUAUCUUGUACUUUAUAGUUUAUAUAUGAAAAUGAUACAGUGUGCCAUUGGCUUAUUAUUAUACACUGAAUUGUGAGAUUUAUUCAUGUCUUCUCUUCAUAUAAAUUGCACCUGAAAUCAACCCAAUCUCAUGG